AUGCCCUUCUCAUCCACCCAGUUAGUCCCCUCACGCCUUCAGCUUCUCGAUUCUCAGCCUCCUCCAACCCCUAUUUCAUCUAGUACAUCUUCUCCCCUUAUUUUUGAUACGUCUCUAAGUGCUUCCCCUGCUCAUUCGAUGGUUAUUCAUGCUAAAAUUGGUAUCCACAAACCUAAUCCUAAAUAUACUAGUCAUGUGUUGGUUUUAUCUUCUACUAAUGGUACGGUUGACCCCACAUCUUUUUCACUGGCUCAUAAGCAUAAGGAAUGGUGUCUUGCUAUGGUGGAUAAGUUUAAUGCUCUUUUUCAUCCUAGGACUUGGAAUCUGGUCCCUCGUACUUCACUAUAA